UGAAGUGCGUGAGUGAAUUUCAACAAUUUCUCAAUCAUGUGCUCUUGUCGAAUUGCAAUUAUUAACAAAUAUUUUACGGUUAAGAUACAAGAACGACAAUUUUUUUUUUAUCAAAAGCUCCAUAUUCCACCACAGACGUGUAAAAUUGUUUUAUUGUCAGCAUUGAAGUAAUAUAAUUUUAUUAUUAUUUGUAUUACAAACACUCUUUUCUUUUUCCUCUGUUCACCUCACCACACUCUUGGCAAAUUUUCACGUCUCUAUACGCUUCUUUUUUCUCUGUUCCUGACAAAAUACCCAACGUCUAUGUACUGGAAAAUACUGAAUUGAGUGUCGAUUAAUUUGCCGUAUUACUCUCCGGACUAAAUGCCUGGGCUCAUUUCAGAAAAGGCUUCAGUUCCACUUGAACUGUCGUCCAGAACGGUUGGAAAAUUAUUUGGUCAAGUCUCUUAGUGUUUUUCAACUGAUAUUUCUCUGUGAUCCCAGAGAAAUAUCCAGAUUUGCAAGUUUUUACAAGUUUUUUUUUUAUUGUUUAAAAUUGAGGUGUCCUUAAGAUCAAAUAUUAAAUAAUUUGUGAGCCUAAUUCAUACGUGGAAAAAAACCAUUGAUAAAAAAACGUGAAUAACUUACCUUUUACUAUAGAAAAAAAUGAUAAAACACUGCAAUUUAGAAUAAUUUUCUGAUUUUAAUUAAUUUUUAAUUACACAAAUGAGCAAAAAAUCCAAGAUUCUGUAGAAGACACGCGCACCAGUUUAUUCUUUCUAUUUUCCGAGGUAGUGAUCGAGAGCUAAGCAAAUAAUUAAAUCAUCUAGUGAAUAAUUAAAAAAAAAAAGACUGUUAGAGAAAGUGAUAAUUGUGUCCUUGCCAUUGACGACAAAUGUGGCACUUCUACGGAAAUAUUCUGUAAGAGAAAAUCUGUUAGUUCCAAGUAUAACUUGAAGUAAUUCAAUGAUCGUUGAUCCAGUUUUGUUCUGUUAAGUGUUUUAUAGAAUAUUGACAACAUUCUUUAGUGGAAUUUAUUGUGAUAUUUAUGGUUUUUGUGUGAAGAUCCUGAAAUAAGGAUUAAACAAACGGGAAAAUGAAGAAGAGCUAUGGAGUAUCAAAUGGAGGUUUUGUGGCAUCAACAGAUGAUCUGAAAGCCAAGAAGAAUAGUAUUCAAAUCUCAGAACCAGCACAAUCCGAGGAAGGAUCAUCAGAUAAUGUUGGUGAACGACCAACAUGGGGCAACAGUCUGGAAUUUCUCAUGUCCUGCAUCUCAAUGUCAGUGGGACUGGGAAAUAUCUGGCGAUUUCCUUUUAUUGCCUAUGAAAAUGGUGGAGGAGCUUUUCUAAUUCCCUACGUAAUUGUCCUGAUCGUAGUGGGAAAACCUAUGUACUUCGUCGAGAUGAUCCUGGGACAAUUUUCAAGCCGAGGAUCAGUCAAAAUAUGGGCUAUUUCACCCUUUUUCAAAGGCAUUGGUAUUGGACAGAUGGUGGGCACGUGUUCUGUGAUCUCCUACUAUUGCUCAAUGAUCGGACUAACCCUCAAUUAUCUCUUCUCAUCAUUUCAAUCGGAACUUCCGUGGUCACGAUGCCGCGAAGAAUGGGGAGAUAAUUGUGUGGAUUCCAAACCAAAUCCAAAUCCAAUCAAUCAGACAAAUAUAACACAUGGUGUCAGCAGUUCUGAACUCUAUUUCAUGAAGGAAAUUCUCAAAGCCAAAGAUCAAAUUGAUGAUGGAAUAGGUGUUCCUGAUUGGAAAUUGACUCUGUGGCUUCUGCUGGCUUGGGUAAUGGUGUUUAUUGUGAUUUGUCGGGGUGUUAAGAGUUCGGGAAAAGUUGCCUAUUUCCUUGCCAUCUUUCCCUACGUUGUGAUGAUCACACUCCUGAUCCGGGCAAGCACAUUAGAAGGAUCUGGCGAAGGAAUUCUAUACUUCUUACGACCACAAUUUUCCGAACUGUUGAAUCCCAAGGUCUGGAAGGAGGCAGUCGUGCAGUGUUUCUUUUCUUUAGCCACCGGAAUGGGUCCAAUUAUAAUGUUUUCAUCUUAUAAUAAUUUCCAACAUAAUGUUUAUAGGGAUGCAAUGAUAGUGACUACGUUGGACACAUUUACCAGUCUUCUCGGUGGCAUUACAAUGUUUGCCAUUCUGGGAAAUUUAGCUCAUAAUCUCAAUGCUGACAUCACGCAAGUCGUGAAAGUCGGUUCAGGAUUGGCUUUUAUCUCCUAUCCAGAUGCUAUUUCGAAGUUUGACUGGGUACCACAGCUCUUUUCAGUGCUGUUCUUCUUCAUGCUACUCACCCUGGGAUUGGGAUCUGUGGUGGCUCUUGUGAGUGCAGUGGUUACAGUUCUGAGGGAUCAAUUCCCAAAAGUGCCAUACUGGCAGAUGGCUUUGUACGUAUCAUCGUGUCUUUUCCUCGUUGGACUAAUCUACGUGACGCCUGGUGGCCAAUGGAUGUUAGAUCUGGUAGAUCACUACGGAGGCACCUUCUUGAUUUUCGCUCUGGCCGUGAUUGAGCUGACGGCGAUUUUCUGGGUGUAUGGACUCUAUGACUUUAUGAUGGAUACGCAGUUCAUGUGCAAACGCUACUUGGGACUCUACUGGCGCAUCUGCUGGCCUCUUGUGACUCCCAUCUUCAUGUUGGUUAUCUUUGUGUACCACAUGGCUUCACUCAAGCCUAUCACAUUCGGUGAUGAGCCCUAUCCGGAGGCCGCUCAUAUUGCCGGAUGGCUACUGUUCGCCAUUGGCCUGGUGCAGUUGCCAAUUUGGGCCACGUACGCUGUGGGCUGCCAGGCACCUCUCAGAGACAGACUGCGCAAGAGCCUGCAGGCAACUGACGAAUGGGGACCUAAGAAUCCCAAGGACUUCCUCGAGUGGACAGAAUUCAAGGCGGACCUGAAGGCACGAAAUGCCCUGAUCAAUUCCGAGAGGAACUAUUCAAAGAAACGGAUCGCCCUCCGCAAAUUCUUCGGCGCCUACGAGUACUAAACACGAGUUGAGAUGUCUUCGGCAGUAUUUUUAUAAUAGGACUUCCUUUUAUUUAAGAUGAUUAAUCAUACAAAUUGUACAGUGAAAGAGUAAUAAAAACAGUCUUUGAGAAUGAA